GGCGCUGCCCCUUCCCGCGAAAUUGUGGUUCCGACUAGAAACUAGGUCCUAAGGAACAACGGUUCCGCCUGCCUGGAGCCCUACAUUCUCUCGCAUACUUAGGCCCUACAGUCUUUGAGACUUUUGAGCCCUACCGGCACCCAUCACGCAGUAGGCUGGGCAGAAAGAGGCGGGGCUUCCAGUGGAAGCGGCAGGUUUGAAAAGUGGAAACGGUUGGCGUUUGAGGAUAUUCGACUGUAACCACUCGGCGAAUUACCCUUCUGGUCGGCUGCUGAGGCAGUAGACUAGAAGACAUCCAAUAUGGAAACUUUGUCUUUUCCCAGAUAUAAUGUAGCUGAGAUUGUGGUUCAUAUUCGUAAUAAAUUCUUAACCGGAGCUGAUGGUAAAAACCUCUCUAAGAAUGAUCUUUACCCAAAUCCAAAGCCUGAAGUAUUACACAUGAUUUACAUGAGAGCCUUACAAAUAGUAUAUGGAAUUCGACUGGAGCAUUUUUACAUGAUGCCAGUUAACUCAGAAGUCAUGUAUCCACAUAUAAUGGAGGGCUUUUUACCCGUCAGCAAUUUAUUUAUUCAUCUAGAUUCAUUCCUGCCCAUCUGCCGGGUGAAUGACUUUGAGAUUGCUGAUAUUCUAUAUCCAAAAGCAAAACGGACAAGUCGAUUUUUAAGUGGAAUUAUCAACUUUAUUCACUUCAGAGAAGCAUGCCGUGAGACAUAUAUGGAAUUUCUUUGGCAAUAUAAAUCUUCUGUGGACAAAAUGCAGCAGCUAAACACUGCACACCAGGAGGCAUUAAUGAAAUUGGAGAGACUUGAUUCUGUUCCUGUUGAAGAGCAAGAAGAGUUCAAACAACUUACAGAUGAUAUUCAGGAGCUGCAGCAAUCACUGAAUCAGGAGUUUCGUUCAAAAACGAUAGUUCUGCAAGAGGGAAAUUCCCAAAAGAAAUCAGAUAUCUCAGAGAAAGCUAAGCGUUUGAAUGAACUAAAAUUGUCAGUGGUUACUUUGAAAGAAGUACAAGAGAGUUUAAAGACAAAAAUUGUGGACUCUCCAGAGAAGGUAAAGAAUUACAAAGAAAAAAUGAAAGACACAGUGCAGAAGCUUAAAAAUUCCAGGCAAGAAGUGAUGGAGAAGUAUGAAAUCUAUAGAGACUCGGUUGACUGCCUGCCUUCCUGUCAGCAGGAGGUGCAGUUAUAUCAAAAGAAAAUCCAGGAACUUGCAGAUAAUAGGGAAAAAUUAACCAGUAUCUUGAAGGAGAGCCUGCACUUGGAGGACCAAAUUGAGAGUGGCGAGUCGGAACUGAAGAAAUUGAAGACUGAGGAAAAUUCAUUCAAAAGACUAAUGAUUGUGAAAAAGGAAAAACUUGCCACGGCACAGUUCAAGAUAAAUAAGAAGCACGAGGAUGUUAAGCAGUACAAACGAACAGUGAUCGAGGAUUGCAAUAAAGUUCAGGAGAAAAGAGGUGCUGUCUUUGAGAGAGUAACAACGAUUAAUGAAGAAAUCAAAAAAAUUAAAUUUGGAAUUCAGCAGCUGAAAGAUGUCACUGAAAGGGAAAAACUGAAGUCACAGGAAAUAUUUCUAAGCUUGAAAACUGCUGUGGAGAAAUACCACGAAGGCAUUGAAAAGGCAGUGGAGGAGUGUUAUGCUCGGAUAGAUGAGAAAGCUGCUGAGCUGAAGAAGAGGAUGUUCAGAAUGUCAGCCUGAUCAACACAGUUACGUGUCACCUCAGAAAUAGCUUGCUGUUCUCUUAAGCUUUGCUUGGGAGGGAAUAGUUAAGUUAAUGUUGGUUCAGUCUGUUGUUACAGAGUCUUAUAAGUGGCCAUUUUGUAAGAUGUGCAUUCCAUGUUAAUUUUUUUUUUAAUUUAAAUUAGUUAAAAGCUAUUUGUUGUGUAUACUAGUUAGAGUAAAACAAAAACAGUUACUUUGAAAUUAGUAUUUUUUUCCUGUUCUUAUCAUGGCUGUUGUUACUUUAUUGGCAUGCAGAACUGUGGCAAUAUUGAGCCUCAGCUGUGCCCUAAGUUUUGUAAUUGGACUCUGAUUUGAUUCUCGUAAGCAGCUCUAUGUAGAUAGUCCGUAUAUGUGCUGCUGAAGCAAGCACAAGGUAGAUAUUCUUAUUACUACUUUAUAAAGUAAUUAUGAAGCUCCCCAAAGAUUAAAUAUCUGGGCCAAACUUGACUUAAACAGGUGUAAUAUGACUGAAUCUCAUAUCUAAGACAUUUUAACUCCCUGGACCUAUCUCCAUCGUUAGUUACUGCUCUUUCACAACCAAAUUCCUGAAAAUUAUUCUAUUCUUAUGACUGUAUCCAUCAUGGUAUUGUGGCUUUGAUCCAUUUUUGUCUUCCUUACAUUCUGCUUGUCUAUCCAACGCUUUUUUUCCCUUUGUCUGAGGAACCCCACUCUCUUGGUUGUCUUAGUUCAAUAUUUGUUCCUUUAAAUUUAUUCUCCCAGAGAGCUUUGUUCUAUUACCCCUUAAAUGUUUGCUUUCUAGGCUGCUUCUCUCAGUGCUCAUCCCAACCUCUAUACGCCUUUGGAAACUUUUAUUGAUACCACUGGAUUCAGUUGGGAAUUAAAUGUCAAUAUAACUGUUAGUAAAUUUAUGUACAUUUUAUUACAUUUAUGUUUCUUUCAGAUUUCAGACUUGCAUAUCCCAUAACCAGUAGGUGUUUUUAACCUAUUUUGGCCAUUUGGUGAAGCCUCUUGGACUCUGUCAGAAUAAUGUUUUGUGUGCAUGAAAUAAAAUAUGGGAUCAUAAGAGGAAAUAAUUAAAAUCAGAUAUGAUCAAAUGUUUAAGAACAUUGUGGUAAAUUAGUAUCAGUGACUAUACUUUGGCUUUUGUUGGAAAAGGCGCUCAUCCAUCCUCUUAUGCAUUCACACCUGACUCCCUUGUAUCCAUUUGGAUUUGCUUAUCAAAAAUUACAAGUGAAUGUACCCAAGAAUUUCACAUUUCUCUUACUCAUGUUUCAAUUUACAUCCUCAUCAUUUCAGUUUUCAGUCUCAAACACACUUACGUAGGCAUGAGAGUAUAGCAAUCCAACAUGAAAAUUAAACUAUAUUAGCAGUGUAUGCAGAGUCUUUUAGCUUCUCAAACUGUCCUCUGUGAAUUCACAGGAACCAUGGAAUAUGUUAAAUUUCCAGUGGAAGCAGUCAUAUUUCACAAGGCAACAUUGCAAACUACUAGUUCAACUUGGUUCACUGUUGCACCGUGCUAUGUCCCUUCAGUGACAUCUGUGAAGCUGGGUUUUUGGGGUUUUUUCUAUGAUAAACAAGUGUCUGAGAAUCAUGGAACAGGAAAUGAAGGCUGCAAUGUUUAAUUGGAUUCUAAGGGUUGAAAAAUUGUGUAGUUUGCCCAAUAGACAUAGAUGUCCAAUUAGUAAUUAGUUAAGAGUAAAAUAAAAAUAUUAUUUCAGUUUC